ACUCAAACCGGAAGUCUCUUUCCCGUUCCUGCCCUGGCCAACAUGGCGGCCGACAUAGAUGAGUGUAAAUAUUUUGUGAGAGAAAUUAAGAAAAACGAGGGUUGUGUCUUAAAAGUGAAGCAGUGCUAUUUAGGAGACGUUGGCUGUGUGGUUUGGGAUGCAGCUAUCGUUCUAGCAAGAUAUUUAGAGACGAAACAAUUUUACGAUCCGUCAUCAGGAGUGAAUGUCUGGGCUGGCAGGAGAGUAGUGGAGUUAGGAGCUGGGACAGGAGUUGUUGGUCUGAUGGCAGCAACACUGGGAGCUCAAGUUACUGUGACAGACCUGGAGGAUUUGCAGACCCUCCUGAAGGUGAACAUCCAGGAAAACCAGACACUUAUCAGCAGUGGAUCUGUAACUGCCAAGAUAUUGAAAUGGGGCGAAGAUGUCUCUGAGUUCAUGCCUCCCCCACAUUAUAUUCUUAUGGCAGAUUGCAUCUAUUAUGAGCAGUCAGUUGUUCCACUGGUGGAUAGCUUAAAGCUGCUCUCUGGACCAGAGACCUGUAUUAUUUGUUGCUAUGAGGAGCGUACUGAGGGCGUCAACCCAAAAGUGGAAAGGCGGUUUUUUGAGUUGCUGCAACAAAGCUUCAAGUGUGAGGAGAUCCCUUUAGACAGACAAGACCCAGAGUUUAGCAGUCCAGACAUCCACAUCCUACACAUCCGAAGAAAAGAGUUUGUGUGAUGAAAUUCUUACUCUAUAGUUGGUCUUCCACCCUAAUAUGAUAUGAAAAUCAGGUUGUGAAAUAGAAAAUUUAAAGACUCUAUUGGUGUGUGUGUAUAAUAUUA